AGGCCAAGGGCUCCGCCGAGGGCGGGUGGCGCGCGCUGCUCGUCGCGCGGGAGCGCGGCCGUGCCGCCCAGGACGGUCACGCGAGCUGCAAUCUGGACGACCCGCUCCAGGAGUGCCAAAAGAGGGCAAGCCAGGCCGAGGCUGAUCUGAAGAAAGCCCGGGCUGAACUGAAGAAAGCCCGGGCUGCUGAGAACAAAGCCCGUCGUGAGCAGUGGAGGUUAGAAGCGGAGAUGGUACCGGUAAGGAAAGCUUGGAAGGAGGAGGCUGAGACGUCAAAAAAAGCUUACAAGGUGGCUGAGAGGAACAGGAAGCAGGCUAGAGACGCUGAGAGGAAGGCUAAGGAGGGUAGGGACAGGGCACAGAGGGCCGAGAAACAGGCUCGACUUGCUGUGGCAAUCACGAAGAACCAGACGGAAGAGGCCGACUCGGACAGGAAAUGCUCGCUCUUGUUGACGAAGAAGGUUGACAUGGAGGUCAUCGUCGACAACUCGCAUGCCAUGAUCCCCCCUGGCGUUGCCAUGUUCCGCGGCCAAGCUGACGAGGCAGCCAGCGAGGCUGAGGCCCACAGGUGCCCGAACCGGGGCGCCUGCGUGGCCAACGGGUACUUUUAUGUGUCGCUGCAGCUGGGCUGUCUGCUUCCUCCCGGGCAGGUCGCGAUGCGAUCUCCCGUCGAUCCGGACGUGGCCAUCGCGCAGUGCAAUGCCGCCUACGACAGCGAUCGCGCGGGCUGCGCGACGUGCGCCUCGGACCACGGCAGGUCGAAUUCGGACCCCUUCGAGUGCUCUGCUUGCGGCGACCAGAAGGUCCAGUUGGCCGUUUGGAUGAGUCAGCCCAUCGUGUUGUACGCCAUAUCGUUGUCCGGCGCGGAGAAGGCCCGUUUCGCGGUGAACGUCGGCGCGGCCUAUUCCAACGACGUUCUCAAGAUCUUGAUGGCUUUCAGUUCAGGCAUGGUCUUCUUGGCAAGCAGCAUUGAAUCGACGGACGCGUUCCGCGCUCUCACCGGCACCAUGAAAUCGGGGGCGAGCAGGGCGCUCAGCACGGCCUCCAUCACAUCCGGGGACUCCUCUGGGAGUUCCCCGGCGCACUCGUCAAGCUUGGACUGCUUGCUGUUCAAUGGCCAGAAGCUGGCCUCCAUCACGCAGAAGUUAGUGGCUCUCGUGUUGCAGGCCGCUAUCAUCUUGAGCCUGGCCCUCAUCUUCGUAGCGAUUCAGGAGCGUUCAGCACGAUCCCAGGCCUUCAGAUCCCGGGCCCUCGCGGCCUUCCUGGUUGCCGGGAACCAGUUCUUGCCUGGGUUCGUUGGUAUUUGCUUCCAAGCAGUCCCCUGCUUUCACACCCAGGCAGGAGGUAAGUCAUACAUGGCCUACAACGCCGCCGCAGAGUGCACUAUCUCCAACCGCGUUCAGGCCAUGGCGGUCGCCAUCCCCGCCUUGCUCGUCACUGUGGUCGCAGGGCCCGUCGCCUGGGUCUGGAUCCUGCGCCUUGACUCGGCGAAGCGCCGCUAUGACGCGGCCGCGGGUGGUAGCGAGGACAAGAGUCAUAGUUGCGAUGACGAGGACAAGGAUGACGACCGCAAGGACAAGGAUGACAACGAUGACAAUAAUGAGGUGGGCAGGGACAAGGACAAGGAUGACGAGUACCAGGGUGACGAGGGCAAGGAGAAGAGUGCCAAUGAUGACAAGGCCGACGUUGACAAGGACUCGGAUAACGAUGACGAUGGCAAGGACCAGGACAAACCCAAGGAUAAGGAUAAUAAUGAAGUUGGCAAGCAGGACAACUCACUGAGAUUCCUCACUGGGUCCUACCAGGAGCGCUACAAUUAUUUAAAGGCUGCCGCCUCUGCCGCCGACCCCAAAGGUUGCUUAGUGUUCGUUUUGUCGUGUUCUUCGGUUUAUUGGAG